GUCUUUUAGCUCGGCACCAGCUACCCACCACUAUCACCACACCUGGGCCGUCUCUUCCCUUGCUGCCCCGUACUCUUGUCGUCCACAGAUUCGAAAACGCCCGUCCGCUAGUAUCCGGUGGACCUCUUAUCCUCGUCGCCAAGCGUCGCCAGCCUGCCCCAGCUCCCGCUCUCGUAGACCUUUAAAGGCCAUGUCGGACCCCGUCCCCAGAACAAACUCCCCUUACCACGAUCCAUCCAUCAAAGGCCCUCGCUCUCAGCAGCUAUUCCACGACCGUUCCCAUUCCCAGCACCAAGAACGCAAGAUGAUUCCCAGUAACAAGGUCAACAAGACUGCCCUUCACCCUGGUGGUGUCGAGCCUCACGCCGAGCACACUGAACUCGAGAACGAGCUUCACGAGACUGCGCACAUUGACUACGACAGAGUCGCCAUUAUCCCUAAUCCCUCUGUUGCCGCCCUCUACGAAGAUGCUCUCGUCUACGAGCAAGGCUCCGCCAUCUCAUCAAGCGGUGCCCUGACUGCCUACUCUGGUGCCAAGACUGGCCGCUCCCCCUCAGACAAGAGAAUCGUUCAGGAGCCUUCGUCAGAAAACGACAUUUGGUGGGGACCAGUGAACAAGCCCAUGUCUCCCGAGGUCUGGAAGAUCAACCGCGAGCGUGCUAUCGACUACCUCAACACCCGGUCGAGGAUUUACGUUGUUGACGGCUAUGCUGGCUGGGACCCCAAGUACCGCAUCCGCGUUCGUGUCAUUUGCGCCCGCGCCUACCAUGCCUUGUUCAUGCGCAACAUGCUCAUCCGUCCUCCCCGUGAGGAGCUUGAGCACUUCCACCCCGACUACACCAUCUACAAUGCCGGCACUUUCCCCGCCAACAGAUACACCGAGGGUAUGACCUCUGGAACCUCCGUCGCCAUUAACUUUGCCGAGAAGGAGAUGGUCAUCCUCGGCACCGAGUACGCUGGUGAGAUGAAGAAGGGUGUCUUCACCGUCCUCUUCUACGAGAUGCCCAUCAAGCACCACGUGCUCACACUUCACUCCUCUGCCAACGAGGGCAAGAACGGCGAUGUCACCCUCUUCUUCGGUCUGUCCGGUACUGGCAAGACCACCCUGUCAGCUGACCCCAACCGUGCCCUGAUCGGUGACGACGAGCACUGCUGGAGUGACAACGGUGUUUUCAACAUUGAGGGUGGCUGCUACGCCAAGUGCAUUGGCCUCUCUGCCGAGAAGGAGCCUGAUAUUUUCAACGCUAUCCGCUUCGGCUCAGUCCUCGAGAAUGUUGUCUUCGACGACGUCACCCGUGAGGUUGAUUACGACGAUGCCACCCUCACCGAGAACACUCGCUGUGCUUACCCCAUCGAGUACAUCAACAAUGCCAAGAUUCCCUGCUUGUCGCCCAGCCACCCCAGCAACAUCAUUCUGCUCACUUGCGACGCUCGCGGUGUCCUGCCCCCGAUCUCCAAGCUCAACAGCGCCCAGACCAUGUUCCACUUCAUCUCCGGUUAUACCUCCAAGAUGGCCGGAACUGAGGACGGUGUCACUGAGCCUCAAGCCACUUUCUCCUCCUGCUUCGCCCAGCCCUUCUUGGCUCUGCACCCCAUGCGCUACGCCAAGAUGCUUGCGGACAAGAUUGAGCAGCACUCUGCCAAUGCUUGGCUGCUGAACACUGGCUGGGUUGGUGCUGGUGUCGCCCAGGGCGGCAAGCGCUGCCCUCUCAAGUACACCCGCGCCAUCUUGGACGCUAUCCACUCGGGUGAGCUUGCGAAGGUUGAGUACGAGAACUACGACAUCUUCAACCUCCAGGUGCCCAAGACUUGCCCUGGUGUCCCCGAUGAGCUGCUGAACCCCAAGACUGCCUGGACCGCUGGCCUCGAUAGCUUCGACGAGGAGGUCAAGAAGCUUGGCGGCCUCUUCAUCGAGAACUUCAAGAAGUACGAGUCCGAGGCUACACCCGACGUCAAGGCGGCUGGCCCUGUCGUUUAGGGCCCCAAAAGCGCGUCUCUUCUUCAGCAUGUUUGAUUUUCUGGCCACUGUCUAGGAUUUCUUUCUUUACUCCAGUUCUGUCCCUUUUUUCGGUUGGGUUAUGAAUUAUAUCAUUUGAUUUCUGUUGAACGGCGCAUGCGGCCCUGAUUGGGCUCGACGGCACGAUUAUGAGGAAAAAGGAGCAAUUGUACAUAGCAUGAGUUUGACGCGCGGAUUCUUUGAUCCCAGUCAUAUUUUCCUACAGGCACAUAUCUUGCCACUAUCGACGAAAUUGGAAAGAAAGUACCAUCA